AUGCCCCCACCCUGCCCUUUGCAGCUGGCCCUUCCUCUCUCCUCUUCUCACGAGCUUCCGGUCCAAGCCUCCAGCGUGAGCUCCCCCGCUGCCCCGGCCCUCCCCUUCAUUCCUCAGCACCCACUAUGGACCUGCCCGGCCCCCGUCCCUCCCCUGUGGGUGAGAGGAAUGGUGCUGCCUGUGCUGACCCAGCUCUGGUCUCCUGCUUUUCGGGAAGAAAGAAAAGGGUCCCGCGGCAUCAGGCGUCCCGAGUUCCGAGCCCUUUUUGGUCCUAACACAGUGCAGGAGCAGGGAGCCAAAACCCAGGCAGUGGUGACCCAGGAGCCUUCUCUGACUGUGAUCCCAGGAGGAAACAUCACCAUGACCUGCAGCUCCAGCACAGGGGCCAUCACCACUGGGAACUACCCAACCUUGUUCCAGCAGAAACCUGGCCGGUCUCCCAAGAGACUCAUCUAUAAUAGCCAUGUUGAUUCAGGAGUCCCUGCCCUGUUCUCAGGGUCUCUCCUUGGGGACAAAGCUGCCCUCACCAUCAAGAGGGCCCAGCCUGGGGAUGAGGCUAUCACUGUUCCUUGUAAUUAUAGUGGUUCUAGACACAGUGGUGACAUGGGCACUGUACCCCAGAAACCCAGGCCAACUAAAACUAAGGAAUCUUUAUGUCCCCAGGCAGACCCCAGUACAAUCACCCCACCUCAUGCCUGAGUGACUAACUGUUGUAAAGAAUGUAUAAAAUCCCCAGAACCGAUGUCAUCGGCGGGAACAGCCUUUCCUUUCAUGCUGUCCUCCCAGGGAACUGCUCCCCAUCUUGCUGUUCUACCUUGCUAUCCUCCUGGCCACUUUCAACAUUCUUUAUAAAUUAAUAAAUCUCUUUUGUU